GGAAACUUCUCGUGGCAGUGUAAAAUAUAGUCGAACCAUAUUUAAAGUGAAUGAGUUAAGUUGUAUUUGUUGAUAGAAAAUUAAUUGUUUUUAUAUAAAUUUGUUGCUGUCACGUGAUAGAGUGUAACAAAGAAUAUAAAGAAAGUGCACCAUGGUGAUCUUUCCUUCAACUAUGGCUCUGAUAACGGACGAUAUGGAUUUGGAGAAGCAAUAUUCUCCUAGCAAGUGGUCUAGAAGAUUCUCGACAUCGCAAAAAGUAUUACAACACCAUGUAGACUUCGUCAGCGCAGCAAGUGAAGCAGCCAUAAACAACGUGCCUCAUAAACUAGAGAUCGAGUACGGAUCUACUCCAGGACAAAAGCUAGACAUUUUAGGCACCGAUCUUCCCGACGAUUCACCGAUUCUCGUCUAUGUACAUGGCGGUUACUGGCAGGAACUCUCUCGUGAGCUAUCGCGAUACCCAGCACAGCCUCUCUACCGCUUUAGGAUAAAGACCAUCGUGAUUGGCUACGACCUCUGUCCGGCUGCAACGCUACCGGAAAUCGUAAACCAGAUUCAAAAUGCCGCGAAAUUUGUAUUUUCAUACGCUGAAAAAAUGGGUUCGAGGGGAGUUUAUUUUGCGGGUCACUCAGCUGGCGCACAUUUAGUAGCAAAGCUCCUUUCGAACUCCGAUUUCCUUGAACACACGCCAGGGUCGUGCCGUCUGCAAGGUGCCUUUCUGAUAUCAGGUGUUUUUGACCUGCGAGAACUAAUCCACACGUCGGUGAACAUGGCGGUGCAGUUGCCUAGAGAGUGGGCGGUGCCUCUGUCACCUCAAUUCGAUUGUUUCACACACCUCCAGGCCAGAAGAGUGCGGGUCUACAUCCUGGCCGGGCAACACGAUAGUCCUACCUUCAAAAAGCAGUCGAGGGAGUUCUAUGAGCUGCUGUACAACACGUGCCUGAUGCAGAACAUGUAUCUGGAGAUCAAAGACAACAUGGACCAUUUCGACAUCGUUGAAUGUUUCGCGAACGACGAUAACUAUCUCAAGAAUUUGUUGGUUCACGAUAUAAGGAAGCAUUUAUAAAAAAACGUUGAAUAAUCGAAGCCGGGAGAUCUUAUGAUAGGAGUAUAUUUAAUCGUUUAAUAGAAAGAAGAACUCUAUAUAACAAAACACUAUCAAUGUUUUUGAUCAGAAUUUUAAAGACGCGUUGUCUUAAAUUAAUGUUUGGUUAUUUAAAAAUAAGUGUAGUUUAUAUUUGAUAUUUAAUAUAAAAUUAGUACGCUUACCACAAGUUUGAAUCCUCACACUAAUUUCGAGCGUGAUCAGUUUUUCAUUCUUAAUCUCCGCGAUUUCUAAUCCGUAUUUUGUAUGUAAUUUUUUGAACGAGGAACUUGAAACGCAUAGUUAGCGUGAUGAUGAAGACUUGUGUUAAGCGUACAGUUAUUUCUCAGUGUACAGUUUUUGUAUGUUCUGAAUAUGUUUUUAUAGAAUGUGAUACAGAAUUUGUGUUAUAAUUCUCAUCGUUUUGUUUCGUAAAUGUUUUUUUUAAAUCGUAAUAUAUUUAUAACAUAAAUAUAAA